AUGCAUACACCGACGCUACUAGUUUCCUCCGCGGCUGUGCUCUCAACUUUCGCCGCCGCAGUGCCCCAACGGCCUAAAUUUUAUUUCCCCAGACAGAUCAAGAGACAAUAUGAGAACGGGACGAUACCGUCUGUAUCGCAAAAGACGAGCCAAGAUAUCGUCAUCACCUCGUCUUCCUCCAUGUCAAGACCGUCGAUGUCCGAUGUCCUGCCUACGAUCACGCAAGAUCCUAGUAUUUACGACCCGAAAGUACCCUCGACUACCGUCGAUCCCAAGACCCCAAAGUCGGAGAAGAAGUCAACCCAACCACCAGUUUAUAUGCCGGAACCCACCACAAGCCAGGGAUUCGUGGGCUUCGUUACCACAUCGACGGAGCCUGAAGUGUCGCUCACGGAGAGCCUUCCGAAGACGACUUUUCAACCUACUCAGAGCCCACCACGGAAGCCGGCAUCUUCUUCUAAGGGUACUUCUUCAGAUUCUCGGCCGACUUACGGUCCGCCGCCGCCCCCGCCGCCCCCGCCUCCGGAGACUGCUGUUCGCCCAUCGCGAGAGCCUGCUGUCUCAUCAACCGAGCCUCUUCCGGAGAGACCUACUUACGGCCCGCAGGAGCCGCCGGUUUCGGACAAGGGCAACCUUCCUCCCACUAUCGUUCAACCUACUCCCAGCAAAUCAAAGGGGCCGCCGGCACCUACGGGGAAAUUUCCGCCGAAGAUCGUGCAGCCUACUCCCAGUCCACCACAACAACCGGCCGCUUCGUCUACGUCCGCGGGGGGAAUAACUUUUGGGCCAGGAGGAAUCUUGACAUAUGAGAAUCCCCCCGCUACAAGCUCUCUUCCUAAAGAAGCUUUGAGCAGCCAAAGCCUUGAUGGUGGGGCUUCGUUCCCUGGGCCUGGACCGGCCACGAGCGAAGGCUAUGUUCCAAUUGCAACUCUCACAGGGACUAGGCCAGUUGUCACAAGUGAGGGCUCCAGUCCAUCUGUUACACCCGAGGGCUAUAUUCCUGCGCCAACCACCACACCUGGUAUCCGCCCUCCCGUGGGAAGUGCGAUCUCAGGGCCUAACGGCAAGCCUGAGUCCUACGCCCCAUCAAGCACCCUUGGUACAGGAGCCAACUCAGGGUAUCCCGUUAAAUCGAACAAGGAAGAGCCUUCCGCACCAGCCAAUGGGAAUGUGAAUUAUCCCCCUGGCGCUUCUACAACACGGCCUGAUGUCGAGAAGCCCACAUAUCCUCCUGGCGUCCCACCAGGCACAUCUCCCGAAUCCUCUGGUCUAGGGAGCAUUCUCUCAAGUAUGUUGGGCCCUGCUACAAGCGCUCCUGGACCCGCACCCCCGGGCCCCAGUUACCCAGCUGGAACUCCCCCAGCCUCUUUACCCGGACCUCCUAAAACGACUCGGCCGACCAACGAUGUGGAAUCUAACGGCGUACCUGCAAGUCAUGUCACACCGGGUGCUGCUGGAUACCCGACCAUCAAUCCUACAAUUAUGGCAUCAGACAGUACAGUGAUCGCGCCUCCUACGAACACUCGUCCCGCAAGCGAAUCUAAGCUCCCCAGUGGAUAUGUACCCGGCCCCGGUCUGUCUACAGAAUACGGCACUCAUCCUACAGAGGUACCGAAUGGAUCGUCCGGCAUCGCGUCCGCCUCGAAACCCCCCACCGAGUAUCCGGUCGGGCCAAACACCGUGGUCCCACCGACUCUAUCGCCCUCUCGGACAAGUGCUGGACCAGAUGAGACUCCCUUCCCUAUUUACGUCCCAUCCGCUCCGCCAACCUCAAUUCCAAAUUCUGCGCCAUCUCCUUCAGUUCCUCCAACGAGUGUACUUGGUCCAUCGCCAUCAGCUCCGGAAACGAUCCUCCCAACAACGACCAACCCCGGGUCGACCAUGUGGCUCCCCUCUACAAUCAUUGCACAAUACUCGGCGAGCGUGCCCGCUGGACACAGUCUUCCACCGCAGCCAACUGGAAUCAGCAGUGCUUUGCCCAGAGUCAUUUCCAAUCCCAAUGCUACCAAGCAGCCUGAAGAUACCACUUUGAUCCAACUCGGCUUCUUGUACCCCUUGAACUACCAAUUUGUCGUGGAAAACCCCAUGUCAUCUGUCCAGAUCUUUGAAUAUCUGCCCAUUGGCAUUGCCAGUGGCCUGGGAUUGAGGAAGGAGCAAAUCAUGAUGCAUUCCCUGGUUCCGUUGGACACCACUGCUCGCAUGAACUAUAUCACCACCUUGGCAUUGGCAUACAUUCCCACCAACAUGGUCAACACACUUGCCUUGGAUCUGCACCUACCAACAUCUCCCCUUUACAAUAACCCGGAUCCCAGUAUCAACACUCUGAUGAACUACAUCAACCCGGCCAUUCCUUUGACUCCUGGCUCCACUAUGGAUGCUGGUGGGUCAUCGGGCAUGGGUAGCGGUGAUUCGCCUGGAUCUGGUGACGACUCCGACAAAGACAACGAUGAAAACGACGUGUUCGGCGACACCAAUCAGCAAAAUCAAACUGCUGGAAGGACUGGGGCAACAGCUGGCAUUGCCAUGGCUGCCAUCGGAUGCUCCGCAGCGUACGGAGCAGCCAUGUUCUUGGUUGCACGGAGAUAUAAGAGACGCAAGCAAAAUCACCGCAGAUCAAGCUCUAUGGCCGCUGGUGAGAUGAGCCAGUCUGGCAGCCCAGCACUCAUGGGAGGCGCGUAUAUGUCAGGUGGACGAAAUACUCCUGGGAUCAAUGGUCGUGACAGAAACAGUAGGGGCAGUGGACGGACUGGUGCCUCUGCACGGACCCAACAGAUCUCGGCCCCCAUGAUGGCCGAGAACUCCCUCGGCUGGAACUGA